AUGAGGUUCGUGUAUUCUUCAGGAAUUCCAGAAACAGCUGUAGUAAAAAUUGGUGCCAUCGCUGCUACGAGCUUAAAACAAGUCAUCGAAUAUGCAGAUAUUAUUUUUACUUCACUUGCUAAUGAUGACGCUAUUAAUCAAAUUUUUGAUAAAUUAUUGAGUGAAUCAGAACUUAUUAAUGACAAGAAGAAAAAAAUAAUAUUUAUUGAAACAAGUACGAUUGAUCUAACUACAGUUGGUGCACUCAGGGAAAAGAAUGCACAACUGGCAAUUAUCACUUCUGGUAACCAAGAGGCAAUUGAUAUGUUACCACUUUUGGUACCUGUAUUGGGAAGGAAAAUUUUAUUUGCCGGCUGCGAUGUAAAGAAAGCAGCAAAAUUUAAGCUAAUUGGAAAUUUAUUCAUUUUCGGUGCUGGUGAAUUAUUGUCCGAAGGAAUUACUUUAGCAGAAAAAACUGAUGUUGAAAAGGAAGCGUUCAUGGAAUUCAUUUCCUCCGUGUUUCAACAAAUUUUUUUGUGCGCUAUG